GGCAACCCUGGCAGCCAGCUGCUUGUCGCUUGUUUACAUUUUGUAUCUUUACAUAACAAACUCAAUAAUUGUGGCAAAUAAACAAUAAAUGGCGCUGUUUGAGAUGAAAUGGCUGCGCCGCUGGGUGAGGCGCAACACGAAUCCCAUACCGGAGCACCGGGCGGAGCUGUGGAAGCGGCGUCUGAGCAUCGGAUACGCCGUUCUGGCCUGGCAGGCAUUCGGCCUCGUUUGCUACAUGGUCUACACCGGGCGCAACGACUGGGCCAAGUUCUACGGCUACAAGACGGAGGAGGAGCUGGCCCUGUCGCCGGCACAGCAGUUCGCCCGACACCUGAAGGUCGAGGGCACCGGCAAGAUCAUCAGGUUCUCCGGGUUCCACAAGGUGGAGGAGGUGCCGUUCGACACCAGCGAGGUGGAGCGGGUCAAGGAGUAACUGGAGCGCCCACUGGUGCAGUGAACCACAAUUUUUUUGUUAGCCAGCGUACGUUUAUUACCAAUAAAGCUUAUAAAUAGGACUUAA